AUGGAAUUUCACGCUGUUAUAUGCUGUGGUAAAGGUGGAGGAUUAAGUCCUCUAUCUAUGACCAGAGAAACUGGUAUACCAAAAGCUUUACUACCGAUUGGUAACAAACCAAUGAUUGAAUAUGUUUUAGAAUGGUGUGACAAAGCUCCAUUUGGUACAGUAUCUGUUGUUGGUGAUUCAGAAAGUAAUGUUGAAAUCACAUCGGUUGUUGAAGCUUACAAGACAAAAAGACCAAAAAACAUACAUAGUCAUAUAAAUAUUGUCAAAUUCGAUGGUGAUGCUACUGGUGGUAUAUUAAGUGAAUUUAUUGAAAAAGCAAAUCAUUCAAAUUUGAUAUUUUUACCAUGUGAUUUCGUCACAGACUUACCACCACAGGUGCUAAUUGAAGAAUUUAGAAACAGAAAUGAUGAAGAUAUUGCAAUGUCAGUUCAUUACCAUAACAAGUUUGAAAGUAUAGACAAAAAGAAUCUGACCAAUUAUUACACAGUUUACUCAGAUGAUGAUCAUUUAUUAGAUAUAUAUGCAAAAGAUUCUGUGGAAGCUUCAAAGUUCUUGGAAAUUAGAACUCAAAUGAUUUGGAGAUACCCUAAUUCAAAUGUUUCAACAAAAUUAUUAGAUUCAUUCAUAUACUUCUUUUCAACUGAAGCUAUCAAUGCAGUUCAAGAAGAAACUGAAGAUUACAAAACAAAAUCAUUAACUAAGAUACUUCGAGACUUGGCCCGUCGUUCUUGGAGACACUCAAAACCAAAAGGAACAGUUAGUUUAUUGAAUUUACCAUCCCAAUGUACUUUUGUUAGAGCUGAUAAUUUACCAGCUUAUAUGGAAGCUAACCGUUACAUCAUGAGACUGAAAGCAAAAGCACAACAACAACCACCACAAGCUAAAGAAAAAGGUGCUGCUACAAUCGGUGCAGAUUCUGUUGUUGGUGAAAAUACAACAUUAGGUGAACGUACAAGUGUCAAGAAGACAGUUGUUGGUAAGCACGCAAAGAUUGGUAAACGUGUUCGUCUUACUGGAUCUGUUAUUUUGGAUGGUGUGCAAUUGGAAGAUGAUGUUGUCUUGGAAAAUUGUAUUGUUGGUAAAGGUGCCAUUAUUCAUGCUAAAUCUAAAUUGGUAAACUGUAACAUUGAAGGUAGUUAUAGUGUUAGCAAAGGAUCCAAUAUCAAAGGUGAAACAUUAACUAACUUGUUUAUUGAAGGACAAGAAGAAUCAUCAUCUGAAUCUGAAAGUGAUUCUGAAGAUUAUGAUAGUUAUGAAGACGAUUUCGAAGAUGAUUUCGAAGAUGAUGGUCUUUUCGAACGUUAA